UUCAACUGAGCGAUUCCGCACAAAAGCACAAAUGAUGCAAUAGCAGUGUCUCUCAAGAAACAACAGAAUAUCUCUAAGCCUGAUGAUCUUUUUUACGCUUGAUUGAGCUAAUAUGAUGAAGGCAAGGCUGCAUUCUGUAGCAGGUCAUCUGAAUAGAAGAGGUCAACAGGAUGUCUUUCAGCUGAAUUUAAAGAUAACCCAACUAGCCAAAAGAGGUGACAUUGAUGAGGCCGUCAGAGUAUUCAACGCAAUAGCACAGCCCAACGCUGUCACUUACAACUCGAUGAUCUCCGCCUAUGCUAAGAAUGGAAGAUUCAGUGAGGCUUGUGCUCUAUUUAAUCGAAUGCCAUUUAAGAACUUGAUUUCCUGGAACACAAUGAUGAGCGGUUACUUGUAUAAUGACUAUUUUAAAGAAGUAGCUGAAUUAUUUGAUAAAAUGCGUCGAAGGGACUCUUUUACUUACAGUCUCAUGAUUACUUGUUAUGCACGUAGUGGUUUCGUAGAAAAAGCAAGACGAGUAUUUGAUUCGAUGCCCGAUAAGAGUUGUGCAGCGUGUUGGAAUGCACUGAUUACAGGGUAUGUCAAGAAUGGGAUGCUCAGCGAUGGUAGGAAAUUGUUCAAUGAAAUGCCAGUGAGGAACUUGGUUUCGUGGAAUACAAUGCUCUCGGGAUAUACCCGUAGCGGGCAAAUGUGUUUGGCUGCUAAGUUUUUUGAAGAGAUGGAAGAAAAGGAUUGGAUUUCGUGGAAUUUGGUAUUAGAAGGGUACACGCAAGCUGGUGAUUUGAAUGCUGCUAGGGAGUUUUUUGAAAGGAUUCCCAAUCCAAGUGUUGUUUCUUGGGCCACAAUGUUGAGUGGCUUGGCAAGGCAUGGCCACCUUUCAGAGGCAGAGGGAUUCUUUAACAACAUGACGGAGAGAAAUGUUGUUGCUUGGAAUGCGACGUUGGCUGCAUGCAUUCAGAAUUGCAAGGUUGACAAGGCAGUAGAAUUAUUUAAUGAGAUGCCAGAGAAGGAUGCUAUAUCAUGGACUACCAUCAUCAGUGGUCAUGUCCGAAUUGGUCAGCUUGAAGAAGCAAAGAAAUUGUUCGAUACAAUGCCUUAUGAAAAUGUAGGGUCACAAACAGCCAUGAUGCUUGGCUUUAUUCAGAACAAUAGGAUCGAUGACGCCCGUCAAAUUUUUGAUCGCAUGAGGAAACGUGACACUGUCUGUUGGAACACGAUGAUUGCGGGAUAUGCUCAACAUGGAAGAAUGGAUGAAGCUUUCUAUCUAUUUCAAAAUAUGGCCCCAAAGAAAAUAGAUACUUGGAACACCAUGAUUACGGGCUAUGCUCAAGUAGGAAAAAUGGAGAGAGCACUUGAGAUGUUUGAGCAAAUUGGGGAAAAGAAUAUAAUUUCUUGGAAUUCCGUAAUUUCAGGUUAUGCACAAAAUGGGUUAUACAUGGAUGCACUGAAGAAUAUUUUGCUCGUGAUUCGUGAUGGAAAGAAGCCUGAUCAAUCUACUUUUGCUUCUGGCCUAAGGGUCUGUGCUAGUCUUGCAGCUGAGCAAUUUGGGCGGCAACUUCAUCACAUUGUGGUGAAAAAUGGUUAUAUGAAAGAUAUGGUUGUCAGUAAUGCUCUAAUUACGAUGUAUGCCAAGUGUGGAAGUAUCUUGAGUGCCAGAGAUGUAUUCAGUGAUGUUGAUAACCUUGACGUGGUAUCCUGGAAUUCUUUGAUAGCAGGCUAUGCUCUAAAUGGAUAUGGGAUAGAGGCAUGCAAACUUUUCCAAGAAAUGGAAGGAUAUGCUGUCAUUCCCGAUCAAGUUACUUUUGUUGGGGUUCUUUCUGCAUGUAAUCAUGCAGGCUUAGUUUCUGCAGGUCUAACCUUGUUCAGUUGCAUGACGCAGAAGUAUGGCAUUGAACCUUUGGCUGAACAUUAUACUUGCAUGGUCGAUGUGCUUGGCAGAGCAGGAAGGUUAGAGGAAGCCUUUGAGUUAAUCAGGAAAAUGAAGGUCCAAGCCACUGCAGGAAUAUGGGGUGCUCUUCUUGGGGCUUGUCGCUUGCAUAAAAAUGUGAUGCUUGCUGAUUUUGCUGCUAGGAAGCUUUUUGAAAUUGAACCUCAUAAAACAUCAAGUCUAGUGCUUCUCUCAAAUAUUUAUGCUCAGUCAGGGAGGUGGGAUGAGGUCGAUAGAGUUAGAAAUUUCUUGAAUCAGAAUGGCAUUGAAAAGGAGCCGGGAUGCAGCUGGAUUGAGGAUCAACGCCAGAUAUUGGUUUUUCAAUCUGAUAAUUAUUCAGGCCAAAAACAGCAGAGAUAUAUAGGGCAUUACAGAUUUUAACAACACAGAUUAUGGAGCUUUCCUGUUUAAAUAGUAUUGAGUGUGCUCUUCUUGAUGUUGGAUGAUUUAUUUCAUCACAUGCAUCAAAUAAAGUUUUAGCGGUACUUCAAAAUGCCCUUCUGCAAAUUCACUUGUUCAGGUUCUUUUUGGUACUCGUUGAGAAUUAUCUUGGCUUUGCAUGCAUGAAGAUGAUAUUGGUACUUGCUUAGAUCCUACAUGUGAGUAGAGUUGUAUGGUACCAUCUGAGGAUGAUCCUGUCAUGAGCUAAUUCAGAAGUUUGGUACACAGGAAAUUUAACAUCUGACACAUAUUCAACACGAAUUAUUAUUCUGAUGGAGCUAGUCACAAACUCUAAAUUGACGAGUGACUAAUGAGGCUAUCAAAAUCAACCUGCCGCUAGAUCUCGACCCCAUAUGCACGAACAGACAAAUAUAAGACACGUGAAGCAAAAGAUAAGAGUGUGUAGAACAUGGUGAAUGUCAGAUUAAAUGAGAAAUUCCUGUUUAGAGAGCCGCUUAAUACAAGAAUAUUGUAAUCUUUCAGUGCAGACUCAGGCAGCUCUGGAAAGUUAUAGAAACCAUGAAUACCAUUAGGAUAUUCAACCAACCAAACUUCCUUUCCACACCUCCUCAACCCCACACAAUACCUUUUCUGCCAAUCCUGCAGUGGAUCAAACCCUGCAACAAAUACCAGCGAGCUUGGAAAAUCCUCUGGCACUGUGUCUGCUGCUUUAAAAUUUGGUCCAUCUCUGAAAACAUUGGCUGCUUUAUGGUUUCUAUCAGCACCUUCGGGCAAGAAAUUCCUCCACAUCCUGUCUGUGCUCUCGAUAUUGAGGAAAGGCACUCUUGUGAGCCUCAGUUCUGAUGCGGUGCGCUCUUCUCCACCAAAAAGUGGUUGCAUGGCUAGCAGCCCAACAAUCUUUAUUUUCUUAAACUGGUGAGAGUCUUUGCAGGCCCUGUGUGUUACAUGGUGGGCUAUGUUUCCUCCAGCACUGUCUCCGGCUAUGAAGCAUUUGCUCAGGUCAGUUUUGGAGGGCAAAACAGCAUAAUUUUGUGCUUCUAUAUACUUGAGGGUGUCAAAACCAUCAUCAUAAGCACAAGGGAAUCGGUGUUCUGGGGCAAGGCGAUAGUUAACAGAUACAAUGGUUGCGGGAAUCUGAGCUGCUAGGUUGCAACAGAGAGCGUCAAAGCUCCUGGAGUCCGGACCAAAAUAUGUGAAUCCACCUCCAUGGAAAUAGACAAUGAGUGGCAAUAAUGUUUCAGCUGAGGAUUUGGUGUCUGGGACGAAGAGGCGGAACCAGAGGUUGCGAGAGGGGUCGACGGAGAUGUCAGAGGAGGAGACAGGUACGUCAUUGAAGACUUUGGUAGUGGGAGCUAUAACUUUUUGGUCGAGGAGGCUGAAGAGAUGGCGGUUGAUGGUGCCAUCAGAGCGGACACAUAAUUUUGCAGCAAAAGUGCCGAUGGAGAUUUGGAGUCUGGUCUUAAAGGGGAGAUGCGGUUCCAUUGCUGUGGUUUUGGCGUCCUGGUAUGGUAUGUGACCUAUAUAAGCCUCAAUUUGGUAGUAUGUUUGUGAGACUCAGAUGGGCUUUUAUUGCUUCAUGGUGAACGUUAUUUGCUAAGCAGACUAGCAAUGAAGAAGCCAACAGAAAGAACGUUAUUAAAUCCUGCCGGACAUCAGAUGCCAACCUAAAUUACUAAAAGUUGAAUCAUUGGAAUGGAAACAAUAAAGGAAGUAAAGAACUCUAAUUGUAUUUGUUGCAUCUGGAUGGACAGUGCGGCUGCAAAUAAUUGAAAAGAAUCCAACUCUUGUUGUUUACUUAUUGGAAGUUGGAACUCUAGUAGUAAUUCCAACUUGAAAAAUGACAUUGCACGUCUCGUUAUAAUUUUGACAUUGCAUGUCCG